AUGUCUCAGCUUUUCUGCCGAAUCUCAAAGAAGCUUUCAUCAGCCCCAAACAGGAGCCUCUGUUUCCGGCGGUCGGAAUUCUCGACAGUGAAGAGAGAAUCCGAUAUCACUUAUCUGCUCCUCGGCAGCGAUGUUGUCGGAGAUUCUCCUUGUGGCGAUAAAUUCGUCAAAUUUAACCUCUACGUUCUGAGGAAGCAAGAGCAAGUGAAGAGCGAAAAACAGAUUCUACCAAAGGAGCUCCAUAAAUCUCGGUGGAUUGGAUCAUCAAGAGGAUGGUUAGCUUCAAUGAACAAGAACGAUUCCACUGUGAGUCUCACUAACAUUUUCAACAAACCCACGAAGAGUAAGAGGACCAUAUCUCUACCUCCAUUGAUCAGAGACAAAUUCGAGCAUCUUGUCAAUGUCUCUGUUUCCUCUCCAAAUGAAGAAGAAGACUGUGUAAUUGCUGUCAAGUUUUACGGUUCUCGAGUCAACCUUUGUCGACUCGGAAGUGACUCGGAGUGGACUCGCAUCGACGUGCCUUGCCCAUCUUUCCACUCUUCCACCGUCAUGUUCUCGGAGAGAGACCGGAGAUUCUACUUGAACAAUUGCAAUCCUGACUACACCGGUCCAACUGAGUUCACACUACAUUCAAAUCCCGUUUUACUCACUCCGGUUAGUGGCUACAAGAGAUUCGUCUUCUCUAAAUUCCUAGACGAGAUGCCAGAGUUGGAGAACGAAAAGCGUCUCUCUCGUUUCAAGAUCCAACAGCAACUAGUCGAGUCAUCUUCUGGCCAAUCCUUCAUCGUUUGUUGGUUUGUGGAGAGGUUUACAGACAAAGGAGAAGCUGUGCCAUGGGGAGACACAAGUUAUAACAACAAGGACCUUUGCAAGAAGACCCACAAGAUUAUGGUGUUUAGGCAAGACACAGAGCAAGGGAUUGGUCCUUACACUGAUGACAUUGGCGAUCUCUGCAUUUUUUUGGGAGACAAUGAACCCUUCUGUCUCUCUGCCAAGGACUACCCUGGUCUUAACCCUAACUCGGUCUACUUUGCCGGCCAUGGUUCUGGUUUUGGCAUCUGCGAUCUCGCCUCUCGUACCAUACGAUAUCUCUCCUCUGACUCUACUCCACCACCCGGUCGAAUGUUCUGGAUUCCUCCCACAUCCCAAUAG